GACAGAAGCGCACCUCUGUCCCGCACACCACUGGCCUCAGUGUCGCCUCAGCACUUUCUCCAAACAGGAUACAAAACAAGAUCCAGUGUGUUAAUCAAAAACUUCUCUUUGGGGGGCUUUUUCCUGCCUUGCCACCAUGGCUGAGUAACUUUGUGCGCAAAGAUUAGAGCAGAGCAGCGGAACUUUGAGCGGACCUUCUCUCGUACCGGAGUAGCAGUGGAGAGGGGGAUGCGAGCCUCUCCUGGGUGUCGGAGAGCGGAGCGGCUAUGAGGAGCGAGGCUCACCUGCUGGGUUAACAGAACGAGACCGCACCGCACCAACAGAAUGCGGGAACGGGGUCCUUGCAUUUGUGGAGUUGGUGUGUGGAGUCUGCUGCUAUCCCUUUGUCUGGCCUCCCUCACACAUGCACACAGGAGCCACACAGUCCAUGUUAAGGCAGGGACUUGUGAAGUGAUCGCCGCCCAUCGCUGCUGCAACAAGAACAAGAUUGAGGAAAGAUCACAGACUGUCAAAUGUUCCUGCUUCCCCGGUCAGGUUGCUGGCACCACUCGGGCAAUGCCCUCCUGUGUUGAUGCCUCCAUUGUGGCCCAGAAGUGGUGGUGUCAGAUGGAGCCAUGUAUGGAAAGUGAGGAGUGCAAAGUCCUGCCAGACCUCACAGGAUGGAGCUGCAGCACAGGCAACAAAGUCAAGACCACAAAGGUGACCCGAUAAUCCCGCUCAUCUCAAAACAAGCAGAAGGAAAUGGCUGCCAGACUAUUUUCACAGCACAAUGGACCUAUCAAGAUAUAAGAAAAUGCACUCAGAUGAAUCCCAGUGAGGACCCAGUCAUUGUUUCAUCUUUCUGAGGAUAACUAAGAACUGACUGCUGAAGAGACAGGACUCUGAAACAGCUGAUUUUCCUGGGUCUUUUACAGCAGAGGACUACAUCACUCAGAAACCUAUAAGGCUCCUACAUACUGUACACAAAAAUGAACUAUGACUUAAGAAGAACUUUAUUAGAUGAUACAAAAACAACUUCUUUAAUACAACCUAUCUUCUUCAUCUCCUUUUUUCUGGCUGAGUUGGGUUGCAUAGAUGGACGGGGGAAAAAAUAUUAGGAUCUUCAUUUUAUGAUAGGCUUUUUUUUUUCUAAAGUCCUGUAAUCCCGGCGUAAAGGGAGUGGAUCCAGAACGCUUGCCUAAUGUAGUCUGGGUGACAUAUUCAAACUGUGCCACAUAUAACCUCCUUACAGCUGUCAAAAUGUUUAUCACAUCUGAAAAUGAACCUUUUUCUCCCCCCAUUAUUUUUUGAAAUACAUAUAUUUAACCUUCAUAAAAGUAUCUGACCUUGAACAGUAUGUGGUUAACCACACGCCAUUUUCUUUUUUUUAAUGCAAAAGAUGUUUGUCGGUCUCCUUUUUGCUUCUGUUUUUUUUUUUUUUUUUUUUUUUUCGUUCGUUGACAGAGGAUAAAAUCCUUUUAGGGGUGAGGUUAGACUAAUACCAAGUAGAUGUUAAGGCAUAUCGAAACGUGUAAACGUGUAAAGAAAAAAAAGGGUCCAAUUGAAUCAACGGUUCUAAAAGUAAAUUGAUGCUCUAAUUGUUUUAAUAUCUGUGUUUUUAAAUGCCUGUUAACCGCUAUUGAGUACAUGUGUCAGUAUUAUA